UUAUAUUGCCUUUGUGUGUCUCUCAACGAAAGAGUUCAAUACUUCUUUGUACUAGAGCUAAAUUCACCAGGCAAUGGCAUAACUAGCGUUGUCAAGGAUGCAAACACGAGGUAGAACCUUGCAUUCAAAAGGGCCUUUUUUUUUUUGUGUUUGUGUGUGUGUGUGUGUGUCUCAUUCGAAAGGGUUCGAGACAUUUUUGUACUAAAACUAAAUUCACUAGGCAAUGGCAGAAAGGGCGCAAAGCCAAGCUAGAACCCCUAAAUUGUCUUGCAUUCGAAAGAGGUUUUUUGUAUGUGUUUCUCUGUCGAAAGGGUUUAAGACAUUUUUGUAGUAGAGCUAAAUUCUCUAGGCAAUGGCAGAACUAGUGUUGUUAAAGGUGCAAAGCCAAGCUAGAAUCUUAAUAUUGUCUUGCAUUCGAAUUUUUCUGUGUCUCUCUCUCUCAUUCAAAAGGGUUCGUGAUAUUUUUGUACUAGCGCUAAAUUCACUAGGCAAUGGCACAACUAGUGUUGUUAAGGGCGCAAAGCCGAGCUAGAACCCUAAUAUUGUCUUGCAUUUGAAAGGAUUUCUUUCUUGUGUGUGUUUCUCAUUCGAAAGGGUUCUGGACAUUUUUGUACUAAAGCUAAAUUCAUUAGGCAAUGUCACAACUAGUGUUGUUAAGGGCGCAAAGCCGAGCUAGAACCCUUACAUUGUUUUGGAUUUGAAAGGGUUUUUUCUUUUAUGUGUGUUUCUCAUUCGAAAUGUUUCGAAACGUUUUUGUUGUGUGGUGGGGGUAAGCACGGCUAGGCCCACGCCUUGACAUCACUGAUGGCCACCUAAACAAGAUUCCCUGCCUUUUUUUGCAAUCAAUGUACAUAUAAAAAGGUAAGGAGGCAAAAACAAAGUUGGCUAACUCAUGUAGUGGAUUAUGCUCGGGACAAAGUUUUGACUGUAGUGGUAAUAUGACUCACAAACAGGACACUUCAAUUAAAUAUUAGUAAUAAAGUAGUUCGACCGUCCAAAUUUCUCUCUAGAUUGCAAAAGUAAACAAUAAACAAAGACCAAUAAGCAUUUGUCCCCAAAAGUCAUUGCCUAGUCUUUCUAUUUAAUCACAAUCCUCAUUCAUUUUGUACUACACUACUUUGCUUCUUUCCUUUGUAUUUGACUCUUUUACAGGGCCAAGAACAUGAACUCUGUGUGGGCAUUAUUGGCUUCCAUUGCCUUGAUACGUACCACACUCUACAAUUACUUGCCUGAAAAGCUCCGGUUAUACAUCUCUGCACGGUUCGAAGAAUGGACUCGCCGGUUCAAUACUGAUGAAACCAUGGUGUUCAAAGAUUACCAAAGUUCAAAGAUGAACCAACUUUUCCAAGCUGCAAAUCUUUACCUUGGAGAAUCGCUUCCCACUAUUUCAAUCCCUCGUGUGACCGUAGAAAAGACUGAGAACGUAAGGAACCUCACUUUUUCCAUGGAGAAAAAUACCGAGAUGAUCGAUGUUUAUGAAAAUAUACCAAUGAAAUGGAAGUACUUCUCUGAUUAUAGUCAAGGUAUGUCCAAACAUGAGAUCAGAUGGUAUGAACUAUCAUUUCAUAAACAGUACAAAAGCUUGGUCACCAAUUGUUAUUUGCCAUAUAUCCUUGAAAGAGCUAACAAAAUCAAAGAAAGGAACAGAGUGGUGCAACUCCAUACAGCAGCUCAUGAUUUUUGGACCCCAAAACCAGUGAUAAUUCAACAUCCUAUGACAUUUGAAACCUUAGCCAUGGAUGGGAAUCUCAAGAAGGAGCUUGUGGAAGAUUUAGACAGGUUUAUGAAUAGUAAAGAAUAUUAUCAACAGAUUGGAAAAGUCUGGAAAAGAGGGUAUUUGCUUUAUGGUCCUCCAGGGACUGGAAAAUCUAGCUUGAUAGCUGCUAUGGCAAAUCAUUUAAAUUUUGAUAUCUAUAACUUGAAUCUCUCAGCUGUUUCUUCAGACUUUGUUUUGCAGAAUUUGUUGCUUAGUACUGCCAAUCGUUCGAUUCUUGUGAUUGAAGACAUAGAUUGUUCUAUUAAGUUGCAGAACAGAGAAUCUGGGAUAGAACAACCUAUAAAGUAUCAGCAACAAAACAAGGUAACACUUUCUGGAUUGUUGAACUUCUUUGAUGGUAUUUUAUCCUGCUGUGGGGAAGGAAAGAUACUGGUUGCUACUACCAAUUACAAAGAUCGAAUCGACCGUGCAUUACUUCGUGCCGGUCGAAUGGACAUGCAUAUCUACCUUACUUAUUGCACUUUCUCUGCCUUUAAACAACUAGCUUUAAGGUACUUGGAGAUUUCUGAUCAUAGUCUUUUUCACCACAUUGAAAAGCUUCUACCAAAGGUUAAAGUUUCCCCUGCUGAGGUUGCUGGUGAACUAAUGAAGACUAGGGAUCCUAAAGCAUCUAUUGAGGGCCUGAUCAAGCAUCUUGAAGAAAAGGUAAAUUUGAUUGCAGAUGGCAACUCUGAAGUUAGUCCCAAGCACCAUUCAUCUCUUUCACAGACAUCAAAUUGCCAAGUCCAUAAAUCUUCAAUAUCACUUCCUUUGGCAUGUAAUGGAGCUAGUAUGGACAAUGUAAAGUCUCCAGGUCCAAAACCAGAUGUUUCGGUCAAGUCAAAGUUAACCGCGGACAGUGAGGGUGACAACAACUUCGAGAAGACGGAUUUAGUCCGGGAUCGAUCUUCACGCCAUAAUAUCCUACAAGUCAUUGAAGACAUGGAAAAGGAACUGUUGAGCUACAAAGAAGCAAUUAUAGCACUGCAAAAGAAAUCAUGUGGGACACUGAAUAAAUUGGCUGGGAUUAAGGCCACAAUAUAAAUAAACUCACAUUCAAUUUAGUGAUGGUGAAUGAAACCAACCCCAUUUUUAAUAGUGUCAUUAGCUUCCAAAACCAUGGCUACCAAUCUGCAACUGCUGAUAUAACUUAGAUGUAGAUAGUGGCCUUUGGUUCAAUAAAUAAGAUGCAUAGUUCUUCAUGGUUCAGGCAGACGCUUUUAUACGUCUUUUCUUGCAUGGCCUUUUUUGUUCUUUACUGUUUUAAUAGACAUGAUAAUUGUAUCUUUUUAUUUUAAAAUAAACACCAAAUUGUUUUAA